ACCAACACUAUUAUUUCUACACAAUCGAUUCAAUAUUCAUCUCCAAAUUUGGAUCACAAGAAACAAAGAAACUCAAACCACACUAUUCAAUAUUCUUCAUGUCUCGUCCUCACUUCUUCUUCUUCCUCUUCAUUUUCGUCUUCUUCUUCCUCGUCGUUCCCGGUUCUUCCCAUGGAACCGGUGACCACGAUCACGACGGAGACGAACCCACAAAGGGGUCGGAUCUCGGAUCAAGAUCCUUGAUCUUGAACAAGAUCGGGUGUCUGGUCGUGAUCUUUGUCGUGACGUUGGCGAGCGGUGUUUCGCCGUAUUUCUUGAAAUGGAGCGAAGGGUUUCUGGUUGUGGGGACGCAGUUCGCCGGAGGAGUGUUUCUGGCGACGGCUCUGAUGCACUUCUUGCCGGACGCCGACGAGACUUUCGAGGAUUUGUUGCCGUCGAGGGAUUACCCUUUCGCCUUCAUGCUGGCUUCUUUUGGUUAUCUCUUGACCAUGUUGUCUGAUUGUGUCGUCUCUCUCGUUUGCUCCAAGUCUCAACCUCCUCGAGAAUCUGCUGAUCUGGAGCUUCAAGGAGGAACACAGCAGCAGAAAAUGAAUCAGAACAACACUUCACACUCACACUUAACGUCAUCUUCCCACACGGCAUCUUCUGUCGGAGACAGCGUUCUACUGAUAAUAGCACUAUGCUUCCACUCAGUCUUCGAAGGCAUUGCAAUUGGAGUCUCGGACUCGAAAUCAGACGCAUGGAGAGCUUUAUGGACGAUAACUCUCCACAAGAUAUUCGCCGCCAUUGCUAUGGGAAUUGCCCUUCUGCGUAUGAUGCCGAACCGUCCAUUCUUAUCGUCAGUGGCAUACUCCUUUGCCUUCGCAAUCUCUAGUCCAAUAGGAGUGGCCAUUGGUAUAAUAAUAGAUGCUACUACGCAAGGGUCGGUGGCCGAUUGGAUAUUCGCAGUUUCGAUGGGAUUGGCUUGUGGGGUUUUCGUUUAUGUAUCGGUGAAUCACUUGCUGGCAAAAGGGUAUUCACCUCUCAAGAGGGUUUAUGUCGACCAGCCUCUUUACAAGUUCUUGGCUGUGUCUUUGGGUGUUGUCUUGAUGGCCAUUGUCAUGAUUUGGGAUGAAUGACUCUGCAAUCAAACCUUUUUUUGGAUGAUUUUGAUA